AACUCGCAAUUCCUACGAGUAGUUAGUCGAACGUUUUGAAUCGUCCGAGUGUGCAUCUUUGGUGGUGGUUGGUGCGCGAAAAAAAAAUUCAAGUUCACGUAAAAGAAAAUCAAAUUCAUAAUCAUACUCGCUGUGUGCCUGUGACUGCACCUUGCCUGUUUCGAGAUAUCGAUACGGAGAACACGCGUGUGGCAUGCGAAUUUGUUGGAAAAACGAUUAUCGAAUCACUCCACAUCCGACGAAAACUCCACACUGGUGAACCUCUCACUCCCAAGACUUGAAAAUCCAUCAACAAGAUGAACAUAACACGAGAAAAAACCUUCAUUAUCGAUCGCUCAACUGACCACAAUCCAGAUUGUACUAAAUCAACACCGCCAACAUCAUCAACCAGCUCGAAUAAACCAAAAUUUACGAUCACGUCAAUUAAGAAAACAUCGAGCAGCGAUCACAAUGACAAGGCAACAACAUCUAGUACAUCAAAAAGGCGAAAAUUCGCCAGUUUUUUCGCAAUUAAACGCAAUAAAAUUCUACCCAAUCUUAAAACCGCGACCAACCCGAGAAAAGAAACUGGACCGAGUGAUAUAAAAAUAAAACAGGAUACUAAACCGAAGGUAUCCGAUGGAGGAAACCUGACUAGUAAAAUGGGCGGCAAAGGUCGUGUGAAAGAUCUGGUCGAGAAAUUAAACGGUCAUUCGAACAGCGAUACCAAAAAACCACUCGAAUGUCCCAAACUACCCCAUCUUCAAGAGCUAAAAAGUCACAGUCAAACCAAACACGAUGCGAAAAUUAUCGAAAUACACGACGACGAUUCAGACGUAUCAAAUGCACACAAACGAAUACAAGAAACGACGAAAAUUCCGAACCUCAAAACAACGACGAAAACGACCAAACACGAAACUCGAAACAAUGAUUCAAAAGCAGGAAUCAACACAACAAACGAACACAAAUACGAUCCAGCGACAUCCGACAUCGAAGACAACUCCGACGAUGCGUGGAUAAAGCUCAUCGGAGCAGAUAAUUUGUACAGGAUUCUCUCCGAUAAACACAAAGCCCUUCAAAAAGCCCACUGCCGUUUGAAAAAGAAAUGCGCCGAAGAGGAAAGCAAGAGGAUAGCGAUCGAAAACGAAUUGAAAAAUACCAAAAGCAACAAUAAACAUGAGAAAGAUACCACCGAACAAAUGCGUCAUUUGCAAGAGAAAGAAAACCGAUUGCUGACCGAAGUACAAGAAUUAAGGGAACAAAACGAGCUGCUGGAGUUUCGAUUGUUGGAGCUGGAGUACUAUAAUAAUAACUCAAAGACGGAGACCAGUACGAUAGAAGAAAUAACCGAAAGAGAUGACAUCAGCGACUCGGGUGUCAUGUCAUUAUCACCGUACGAGGAUUUCUUUUCCGAAUGCGAUCUACAAGAUAUAAAAUUGGAAGACGAAGAACCUCAUGUGACGGGAAACGAAGUACAGCAAAAGUUGAACAGAAUGUUUCAGUGUGCUGAAAAUACCUCCGAUAAGGUUACUCUUCAACAAGCUAUUGAUCUGAUAAAACAUUAUCAAAUGAGGAUCACCGGUAUGGAGGCGACACUUACGAAUAUGUGUCAAGAACGUAUCAAUCAACAUUCCGAAGAAUUUUUAACGAGUUUAAAAAAUCCGGACGAGUGUCAAAGAUCGAAAUCGACUCGAGUGAUCGCGACCGUUCCUCCAUUUACCAACCAACCAGCCAAAUGCUACUCUCCGGCCGAGUCAAAUUCGCAAGAAGUUCCUUCAGAGAAACUGUUCCUAGACAUAGAUCGUCUCCAAGAGAGCGGAAUUUUCGACGAAUUCCUCGAACACGAUUUAAUCGAACGCAAAUCCAAAGAAACCCAAACCGAGUAUUUAGUACCUUCGGAGUGCACCUCCAGCAGCGUCGGCAGCGGCAGCAGUGGGCUAGUUGACGAGUUAAAUAAAUUAGAAAAAAUUAGACAACGAAUACAGGAACGCAGCAGUCAAAUCUCGACGUCAGAAAAAGACUUCACCAAUACUAAACCUGUUCCUAGCUUCAACCCGAAAGAGUUAUCUUAUUAUAAGAAACAAUACGAAAUACUCAAAAGUAAACUCUCAGCUUAUGAAACAUCCGGUGACUCGAAAAUCAAACAAUUGGCUAAUCGACUCCAUAAAGAAAACGAAUUAGAAAACAGAGUCCAAUAUUUAACCAACCAAAUAUCCAAAUUGGAAGCCGAUAUGAAGAAACUGGAGGAGGAAAAAUGCGAAUACGAAGAAGCUGAGAAUGAUACAAGGUUAAGGUGCCAAAAAUUGGAGGUGAAAUUAUACGCACUGGCGGAGAAAAAAAACGACCUGCAGUUCCAACUCCAGCAACACAUAAGGAUCGUCUCAAACUUGAGAAACACUCUAACCGAGCUCGAAAAAAAGAAAGAAGAAGCUUACGAAAAAUCCUACCACAUGGAAAUGACCGUAAACGAUCUAGAAGAACGUAAUUUCGAAUUAGAAGAACGCGAAAUGGAUAUUCGAUUCAGACUUCAAGUUCUAGAAUCGGUGAUCCCAGCUCUAAUCGUAUGGAACAUGUACGUUUGUUUGAAAUUCUUCGAAAAAUACCUAAAUUCGCACAGAUUAGUACCUUCGAACGCUCUUCCUCAACCCACCACCGAUACAUCUCCAUCAUCAGUUCCUAAUAAUAAAUUAGAAAAUCAAAACGACCAAUUAAGAAACUACGUUCGUAAAUUAGAACGAGACCUACUCGAUAAAGAAAACGUAAUCGAAAAACUAAAAGAUUACGAAUCCGAAUUACGUACCAGGAUAUUCGAACUGGAAGAAAAAGUCAAGUAUUUGAAAUCGAAUCAAAACACAGCUUGGUACAAAGCUCCGAAAACAAAUAGUCGAAUGCACGAACUAGAACUAAAAGAAGAAGUCUACGUACAAACUUUACAACAAGCUGAUGAAAUGAUUACCGAUAUGGAGAACAAUUUUAAGAAAAAAUUACUAGAGAUGGAGAACGCAUUGACCGAUAAAGGAUGGAAAUUGGAGGAAUGCGAACGGAAAUUAGCAGCUGUUUCGCUGGCUCGAGAAAUGGAGACUCAUUUAUUGGAUAAAGUGCAUAAUUUAGAAACCGAGAUUAUUCUAUUGAAACAAGUCAUUAGGUCUAAAGAAGAGGAAAAGUAUGCUUGGUUAGAGAAUGAGAAAUGCUUGAAAGAGGAACUGGAGAAUCUGAAUGCUUCGUUGAUGCUAAUCAAGCAAAAUGAACAAGAUGUGAAGAGUAAAUUAGAACAAGUACGAAAUACUGCCAAAGAACAAAAAGAAGAACUGGUCUACAAAGAGAAAUUAAUGCACGAUACUGAAAAUAAUUAUACGAAUCAAAUAAAACAAUUGGAAAAAAGAAUUCAACGUUUGACUCGUGAAAUAGAAAACCACGAAGUUACUAACAGCGAAUUAAAAGAAGAAGUCGAUACUUUAGAAGGAGCCAUCUGCGAAUUAAAUCUAACUCUGGAUCACGAAAAAGACGAAAAAGAAAAAAUGCUCGUUAAAUUCAGACAAGAGCUGGCGAUGAAACAACAAGAAAUCGACUCGUUGAAAAGACUAUCCCAAGAUAUGACUGCUAUUAGCACUGCCCAAGAAAUAAGUCUGUUGCAAAAUGAUAAUAAACCAAAGUCCGGUCCCAUUUUACCGAAUAAAUAUUGCGGCACAUUGCCAAAAAUCAUCGGUGCGAGUGAAAAACACGAGCACAACAAAAACGACGCUGUUCGAUUACAGAAUAACAAAUACAAAUACAUGGCUGGUAAAAAUAAUGGUAAAAGUGAAUCAUCAGCUCAUGUGAUUCGGCAUAAAGAUCGUUACACAAUUUUGCUGAAACCAUUACCAGUAGAAAAUUAUUCCAAUUUUGAAAUCUCAGUGAACAAUAACCAAACAACGACCAGUAACCUCAGAAAUGCGAAAUUAUUGGGAAAUAUAAUGAAAAAUGAUACGAUAUCGUUAACGGUGAAACCGAUCUAGUGCCAUAAAAUGGACAAACGUGUCAUCGAAAUGUAUUUCAAUGUAAACAAUGUGUUUCUAGUCUUCCAAAACCGUAAUUUUUUUCUCACGAAAUCAAAAACAUCAAUUUAAUCAAAAUAAUUAAUCAACUUUCGCGCAUUUGUAAUUUAAUGUAACGUUUUGUUUUUACUUUUGUAUAAUUGUAUGUCGUAAGUUUUACCUUUUGCCACCAAUCAACUUAUUGUAAUGUUAAAAUAAACGUAAAUUUUUUUU